UACGGCUCCGCCGUCGCCGUCCUCGCGCCGCCGCCCGCCGCCUCCCCCGGGCGUCACUGUGCGACACGGUCUCUGCACAGCACCUUCCGCGUGUGAUCCGAGCGCGCCCGCGUGUGGUGCCGCCGCCAGCCCCCCCCCCCAUCCCCCUUUGGGAAGGCGUCCCAAGGCUGGCAGGAGCUAGGGGGUCGUGCACGGGGAUUUCCUGUUGUGCUCUCGCGCGCGUGCUCGCCGUCCGGCUGGACGGAUUGUCGGACGUCGACCGUUUCUUCCGCCCGCCGCGCGCGGUCAAGGUGGGUGGGGCUGGGGCCGUGCGCCUCGGCUGCGUUGAAUUAUUUUACGGGCGGUCUCGAAUACCAUAGCCCUUUCGCAGUUUGUUGUGAUCUCCUCCAAUGCUUUUGGUCUGCCGGGCGGAUGCUGGCAGAGGCGACAAUUGUGUAGAUGCUGUCCCGCAGGUUUGCGCCGAUCCACGAGAAGUGGGAGGACACACAAACGCUGCGCGGCGCCACGGCGCACCACGACGGCGUCCCUCCACCGCGCUUACCAGUUGGAGACACAUCCCAAUCCCCAUGUCUUGCAUCACCUCACACCUCGGUGCCGAUCUUGAGGAUGCCUUAGGUUUCUGAGGGCACAUCCCUGAGAUUUUCGCCGCCUCUGCCUUGCCGGCUUUCGGGAUCGGAAUAAGUUCGGAUUUGGCUACGCGCGUGGGGCCGGAGACGCCGCUGCCCCGCUGCCCCACCGAGCGGCUCGCGCAGCGGCGCAGGCGGGUGGACCCCUGCUUGCGGCCGGUGGUGGCGGACGACGCCAGUCCUCCGAAGGGUUGACGUCCUCAAUCCCGUUCUUCUUUCCCUCUCCCAAAUCCUCCCGCAGACUCUUUCGGGCGCUUUUCUCUCAACCGCGGAGCGAUCAUCAAUUUUUUUUUGCGGCGCCCCCCCGGCGUGCUCGCCCAUGGCAUGCCGCGUUUAAUCUUGUCGGGCGUGUUGUCGACCAUGUGACGCCACGGAGCUGUCAGCCGCAUGCCGCGCAUGCAGGCCGAUGUUUGAGCAGUCGUUGCGUUUCGAGGUCGCCCUCCGUGUCCCAUCCUCUCCCUUUCCACCUCAUCCAUGUCCUCCUCUUCCUCCUGGGGGAUAUCAGUCCCAGCUGGCGUGGAGCUGGAGGUCGAUCCUCCACCGUCAGCACAACCACAGGGGCAGCAGCAUGAUCGAGUCGUCGACCCUUCGUCCGAGUCGUCGUGUACCGUCGAAGCUGCUGCCCCAACAUCUCUCCCUCUUGGACCGCGCGAUGCGGAAGAGGAAGCAGCCUGUUCAUUGUUUGGCUUGCCUGGUGAGAGUCCCUCCCAGCAGGCCGUGCAGCAGGCAUCUGAGCCAGCCUCGUCGGCUGGAGCGUUCGGCCGAGACCGAGCUGCCUCCGUCCUUGAAGAGGACGAGGCCUCGCUCGUCGCCGUCGCUGCACUACAGUCUGACGACUCAGACUAGGAGAUGCAGCAUGCGUCCUCCGCGUGUGGCGCGUCUCGCCCUGACCUCAUUCUUCUCUGGUCGUGGGCUUAGGGGGGCAGGCGGUGAGCCACAGGGGAUCCUCCCCUCCUGUGGGAAAUCGCCCCGUGGCUUUCGCGCCUGCCCUCCUAUCUUCGUUUCACUGCUCGCUGGCCUGCUACAGGCCAGAUAUCAGGGGGCGACGACCUCUGGGCGUCGAUGUCGAACAAAUCCUCCUGCUCGUUCUCUUCCCCCUCCCUUCCAU